AUGGCAAGCAGGCAAGCAGGAAGAACAAAUCAUCUGAUCAUGACACAAUCCAUGAAAUGUGCAAUUUUUGUAGUCAACCAGUUGGAGAAAUUUUCACCUUUAUUAAAGUCAAUUCAUUGCUUUUGCCAAUUUCAACAAAAAGGUGAUACAGCGACCGACAACAAACACACAAAAGUACAUUCUUUCAGCCAAAAAGCCAAGCAGCAGACGCAAAGAGUAAAUGAGCAAAAUUUGAAACCGGUUUCGGCUUGGGUAACCGAUGGGAAAUGUUUGCGUCGGUCUAUAGAAGGGGAAGAAAAAGAAGUUGAUCAGCUUCGGUUACUUUUUUCUAGAGCAUUAGGUGAGCUGGUUGCAUCUGAAUUCACAAGACACAAUUUAUGA